AUGGCUAUCGUCUUUGAAGCCUCGAAUCGCGAUUUUGUCGUCGUUCGCCAAGAGCUUGAAAAGCUUUACAAUGAUCCAACUUUUUCCGACGUAAAAAUUUGUUGUGCGGACUUGGUUAUAAAUGCUCACAAAGUUAUUCUGAGUGCAGUCAGUCCGUAUUUUGCGUCAAUGUUCAAACGGGUUUCGAAAGAUUUGUCGGCCCUGCUGCUGCCUGACGAGGAUCUCCCAGUUGUUGGAAUUGUACUCCAGUAUUUAUACUCCGGAAAGGUGUCGGUGCCAGCCCAUGACGUUGAUAAAUUUAAAAAGCUUGCCGAACGAUUCCAUGUGAAUUUGGAAACUGAAGCAGCUAUUCCAUCCUCAGCAGAAGUGGAAGAGGCUGUUUCCAAGGCCACUGUGGUUCGGAAACGAACAUCUCAGGUCUUGCAAGAGGAAGUUAAUAGAGGAGAAGAAGGUGUGACGCUUUCAACGAGGGGAGUCAGGGGACGGUUUAGGAAAGCCGCGAAAAGUAUUUCAGAGGAGCCAGUGGAUCCAUUGCAGCAAAACAUUGAUGAUCGAAAAAUUGACGCUAUUCCUGGAGGAGCUGCGGGACGAUUCCAGUUGGCGGUUACUCGAGUUAAAGUACCUAAUGCUGACAUUCAUAAUAUGGGAGAAUUGGGCUGUACCACUCUCGAACGAACGCCUUCUCCUGCUCGUUUGCCAUAUUUUUCCGAGAAGCAUCCUCCUCAUGUUCUUGAAGAAAUUCAACGCAUACGGAAGCAUCGCGAGCUUUGCGACGUAUGCAUCGUCGUUGGAUCUAGACGAAUCUUCGCCCACCGAGUCAUUUUGUCCGCCUGCAGUCCCUAUUUCCGAGCUAUGUUCACUGGGGAACUGUCGGAGUCGAAAUUACCGGAAAUCACGAUUCGAGAUGUUGACGAGCAAGCAAUGGAGCUGUUGAUAGAUUUUUGUUAUUCAUCAAAAAUCGUUGUGGAGGAGAGUAAUGUUCAGAGUUUACUUCCAGCGGCAUGUCUUCUUCAGCUUACCGAAAUUCAAGAAACUUGCUGUGAAUUCCUGAAGCGGCAGUUAGACCCCAGCAAUUGCCUAGGAAUACGAGCGUUCGCUGAUACCCAUGCUUGCCGUGAACUAUUGCGUAUUGCAGAUCGCUACACGCAUCACAAUUUCCAAGAAGUGAUGGAAAGCGAGGAGUUCAUGUUGUUACCAUUGAAUCAAUUGAUAGAUAUUAUAUCCAGCGACGAAUUGAAUGUUCGUUCGGAAGAGCAAGUUUUUUCAGCAGUUAUGUCCUGGGUAAAAUUUAACAUUCCUGAGCGCAGACCUCACCUGGCCCAGAUCCUUCAACACGUUCGGCUGCCAUUACUAAGUCCGAAGUUUUUGGUUGGAUCCGUCGGCACGGAUCUCCUCAUCCGGAGUGACGAAGCUUGCAGAGACCUUGUUGACGAAGCGAAAAAUUAUUUGCUGCUUCCGCAAGAACGACCUCUGAUGCAAGGUCCUCGAACCAGACCCAGGCGACCGACCAGACGUGGCGAAGUGCUGUAUGCUGUUGGGGGAUGGUGUAGCGGGGAUGCUAUUCAGUCAGUGGAAAGAUAUGAUCCUCAGAGCAACGAAUGGCGUAUGGUUGCACCGAUGGGGAAACGACGGUGUGGAGUUGGUGUAGCGGUACUUUGUGAUCUGUUAUAUGCUGUCGGUGGACACGAUGGUCAAUCUUAUCUGAAUUCGAUUGAAAGAUACGAUCCUCAAACAAACCAGUGGAGCAGUGACGUUGCUCCUACUUCUAGCUGUCGAACCAGCGUUGGUGUCGCAGUUUUGGAUAACUUCCUUUAUGCAGUUGGCGGCCAAGAUGGAGUUUCCUGCUUAAACUUCGUCGAAAAAUACGAUCCAAAUGCGAACCGGUGGACGAAAGUGUCAAGCAUGAGCACGCGACGAUUGGGUGUAGCCGUUGCUGUUCUGGGUGGUUAUUUGUACGCUAUUGGUGGCUCUGAUGGUACUUGCCCCUUGAAUACUGUCGAAAGGUAUGACCCGAGAACAAAUCGCUGGACCUCUGUUGCUUCAAUGCUCACCCGAAGAAAGCAUCUGGGUUGUGCAGUUUACAAUAAUGCCAUUUUUGCCGUUGGCGGUCGAGACGACUGUAUGGAACUAAGCUCAGCUGAACGAUAUAACCCUCAGACAAAUCAAUGGAGUCCAAUUGUUGCAAUGAACUCGAGGAGGUCCGGUGUGGGACUCUCAGUCGUGAACGGAUUGUUAUACGCGGUCGGUGGUUUUGACGGGACAACCUAUUUGAAAACCGUAGAAGUGUAUGAUCCCGACCAAAACCACGCUGUGGACCCACAUCGUGUGCACUUGUCGUCGUCCGUUGCCGCUGUGGCGACACUGACCGCGUCAAUGGGCGCGUUGAGCUUUAAGCCGCCGCAGUGGGUGGAUGACAAGGAGCACAACCACAGCCGAGCAGCCGGUCUGCUUUUCUGCUGCCCCCAUCAUCAUGAGUACUCCCGGUUUCGCGAAGUGCUGGCGCGAGAUCGUGCAAAGGCCGGAAGCACUGCCACACCAUACGAAGUCGACAAAGGCGGAGAAGCUGGAAGUCCGACACAGUACCGCAAUCGCUUACGGAGAAGAGAUUCCGGUUGCGGACCGGAUUUCUUUCGUUUGAAGCAUUCUGUUUCGGUCUCUUCGCUUUCCCCUUCGACAGCGUCGUGUACGAUUUUAUAG